AUUACCUGGACCUUUACCACUUCCUUUUAUAGAAUGCUCUUAUAUGUUUAUGAGUGAUACUAAGGAACAAUUUGCAUUACUCCAACAAAAAUAUGGUGACUUUUGUGAAAUGUACCUUAAUGGAGUACGAAAUAUUGUGAUUUCACGUCCUGAAUAUCUUGAAACCAUGUUAACCGCUUCAUCUAAAGAUCCUACUUUCUUGUUAAGAUUACCGUAUACUGAAGCAUUAGAAGAAUUUGGAAUGGCUGGAAAAGGCAUAAUAGCAAAUCAUGAUGUAAACAGUUGGAAAUUUAAUCGGCAUUUCUUUAAUCAAGCAAUCUUAUCUCCAAGCUUUAAUCAUGAAAUUGUAGAAUGGGCUGAUAAAUUGUUUCCUGAAUUCGAUAAUUAUUUGAAAUCUCUUGCUAAUUUAAGUUUAUCUGGUGAUAAUUUACAAGACAACAACAAUUGGUCUUUAGAAAUUGACUUAGCAACAUGGAUUCGUAGAUUUACCAAUGAUAUGUUUGUGGUUUUGAUAACUGGUGAAAGAUCUUAUUCGAUGGCUUCAUAUUAUAAUACUUUGAGUCCUAUAAAAGUUUCUCGAUCUGAUACUUUGAUUGAAGAUUCUGAAAAAUUUAUUCAAUCUGUUGGUGAUCACCUUAUGGGUCUCACUUUUUUUAUAUACCUUGGUUCAUUCUAUCGUCAUUACGUGCCACCUUAUAAAUAUCAGGUCAAAGCAUUGCUCGACAAUCGUGAUUAUUUAUUUGAUUUAAUUGAUAAUAUGAUUAAGAAAAGAAGGAAAGAGAUUGAAGAGACUCCUAUAGGUACCAAAUUAAGGCAUGAUAUGUUGACAUCUUUAAUUACUGCUAAUACUGAAAGAGAUAUAAAUAAUGCAAAGAAAGUUGAAGGUGAUAUGUUUAGACCAAUGUCUGAUAUUGAAAUUAGAGGUAACUUGCUUGAUGCUUUCUUGGGUGGAACUGAUACUAUUUCAAGUACAUUUUCUUUUAUAUGCUAUUAUCUUUGCCUUAAUCCUCAAGUCAAACAAAAAAUGGUCGCCGAAAUCGAUUCGAUAUUUCCUCCAAAUAUUCCUUUUAAUAUGAAAUAUAAUGACCUAUUAAAAUUAAAAUAUUGUGAUGCAGUAAUUAAGGAAUCUAGUCGAAUUAGACCUGUUGGAAAUGAAUUUCCAAGAUAUGUUGAAUAUCCUUGUGAAGUAGGUGGAUACCAUUGGGAUGAGAAUAUAGUAUUCCAUAUAAACAUGAAUGGUAUUCAUUGGCAUAAAGAUCAUUGGUCUAAUCCUGAAAUUUUCGACCCUGAACGAUUUUAUGAAAAAGAUUAUAAGGAAAGGCAUAAAUUUGCUUUGAUUACAUUUGGUGCUGGGUUACGUAAUUGUCCUGGAAAAAAGUUGGCAAUGGUGGAAAUACUUUCAUUAUUGGUAUUACUAUUCAGAAAGUAUGAUAUUGAAUUAGUUGAUAUUAAUGCUCCAUUAAAGGUUAAAUCUACAAUAGUUAAUUUAGUUGAGGAAUUAAAUGUUAGAAUUUGGCCUAGAAAUUAA